AUGGAUCCUACUGAGAACAGCCAGAGCCUCAACCUCCCUGACAGCACUCAGUUCCAAAGGGAGGCAAGGAGCCAGGAGGGUGCCCAGGUCCCUGUAGCUGAGGUGGGGGAGGCUGAGGCCACUGCCACCGCCUCAGGGGAUGUGUCUGCUGGAGGAAUGCUCAGUUCUCCCCAGAGGGCUGAGAGAGCCUCCUCUCCUCCCAAUGCCCUGGGCUCCAUUGCAGGGUUACUGUCUACUGAGGCCUCUGGCAACCCAUUAAGGAGAAUGGCCAACCUAAUGUUCAUCCCCCGGGAUAUACUAAACAGGAAAGUGAUGAGUUUGGUGAAGUUGCUGCUCCUCAAGUAUCAAAUGAACCAGCUGGCAACUAAGGCAGAAAUGCUGGACAGGGUCACUCCUGAUUAUGAGAUGUUCUUCCAUGUGAUCUCUUCGGAGGCCACUGAUUGCAUGUGGCUGUUGUUUGGCAUCGAGGUUAUGGAAGUGGACCCCCGUGUCCACUCCUACUCUCUUGUCACUGCCCUGGGGAUCACCUAUGAUGGGAUGCAGCAUGGUACUCCGGGCAUACCAAAGACAGGCCUGGUAAUAAUCAUGCUGUGUAUCAUCUUCAUAGGGGGCAAUUGUGUCAGCGAGCAGGAGAUUUGGCAUCUCUUGAAUUCCAUGGGGCUGUAUGCUGGGAGGAAUCAUUUCAUGUACGGGGAGCCCAGGAGCCUCAUCACUGAGCAUUUUGUGCAGGAAGGGUACUUGGAGUACAGGCAGGUGCCAGGCAGCAAUCCUCCUAGCCACGAGUUCCUGUGGGGCCCCAGGGCCCACGCAGAAACCACCAAGAUGAAAAUACUGAAUUAUUUUGCCAGCAUAGUUAGGCGGGAUCCCAGAUCCUACCCCUCCAGGUAUGCGGAGGCUUUGGCAGAUGAGCUACAGAGGCUCCGUGCCCGAAUCACCCAGCAGAGGAUACCACUGCCCUGA